AUAAAAAAUUGAGAGUUCAAAACUUCAAAAUGUUCAAAUUUUUCAAAACACAUUAAAGUUGUGUAUUUUUUUUAUAUUGCUCAGAAUUUAUUUAAUAAUAACCAAUAAUGUCGCAAGAUACCAAAGACGAAUUCUCCGAUGUUUCAAUUCCUCCUAUAUUAGAAGAUGUGAAUAGUUGGGUGCAAGAUUAUUUGCUACAGCCAGAAAAAUUAAAAAUACAUAAAUGGGAACGUUCUCAAACGCAUUGGCAUAGAAAACCCAAUAUAGAUUCCUUAUUUUUGCUAGAUGAUGAUGAUGAGAACGAACCGGACACAACCCUUGAGGUAGUUAGAGAUCCUUUAACAGGUGAGAUUAUAGGAGUGGAAGAAAUCUGCAUACCAACAGAGGAUGACGAGGAAAACUUAUCAAUGGCUCGAGCACCACUGCCUCCAAGCCUUGCCACCCGUGGUACUACAACACAGAGUCCAUUUUUACCAGCUGGUUUUGAAGAAGAUCUUCAAAAGAUGAUAGAAGAGCAGCAAAAACAGAUAGAGAUCAACCUUAAUACAGAGAAUGAUGUACCUGGAAAAUUUUUGGGUGAAGAUAUAUUAACUGUAGCACCAGGCUGUAAGGACAGUGUAUUGUUUGCUGAGGAUGGUUUUACAUUGCUCAAUGAGGGCAAACCUGAAGACAAACCUGAUGACAUUGAGGAUGUCGACAUCAAUAUCAAGAUUAAUUUGGAAGAGAUAGUGGAAAACAAUGUACAUUUAGUAGAUCUAUGGAAAGAUGAUAGUGAACAACCUCAAAAACCUAAAACACCAAGUCAUAUUGAAGUAGCAACAGAUGAAAUAGAAAACGAAAAUUUCCUGGAAGAAACUGUCGUCAAACCACCAGUAGAACUGCCAGAAAUACCAGUAUUGGACAUAACCAGUUCUGUGGGAAAAUUAGGAGUGACUUCCACAGAAUGGGCCGAGAUGAUUGAUGUUUCGAAGCCUGUACCAGAAUUUAGAGACAAGAUUAAAGACAUGGCUCAUUCAUAUCCUUUUGAAUUGGAUAAUUUCCAGAAACAGGCGAUAUUAAAAUUAGAAGAAGGUCAUCAUGUAUUUGUCGCUGCACACACAUCUGCUGGUAAAACGGUGGUCGCAGAAUAUGCAAUUGCGAUGUCAAGAAGAAAUUACACAAGGGCCAUCUACACGUCUCCAAUUAAAGCUUUAUCGAACCAGAAGUACAACGAUUUCAACAAGUUGUUUGGCGAUGUCGGCUUGCUGACCGGAGACCUGCAGAUCAACGCCACCGCAUCCUGUCUCGUGAUGACGACCGAGAUCCUCCGCUCGAUGUUGUACUGCGGCUCCGAUGUUGUCAGAGAUCUGGAGUUUGUAAUAUUCGACGAAGUUCACUAUAUCAAUAACGUCGAGCGCGGCUACGUGUGGGAAGAGGUGUUGAUCCUCCUGCCGUCGCACGUGAGGAUAGUGAUGCUGAGCGCGACCGUACCGAACACGCUGCAGUUCGCGGACUGGGUCGGACGAACGAAAAAACGGAAGGUGUUCGUCGUAUCGACUCCCAAACGACCGGUACCGCUGUGCCAUUAUUUGUACACAGGCAGCGGUGGUAAAUCAAAGAAUGAGAGAUUCAAAGUGGUAGAUCAAGAAGGGAACUUCCUGCUCCGUGGAUACAAUGAGGCCCUCGCUGCUAAGAAGUCCAGGGAGAACGAUUACAAGAAAAACUUUGGCCCGAAAGGUGGGAAACAAUACAUGAACCCCAAAGCUGAACAGACGAUGUGGGUCGCCUUCAUUGAUCACUUGAAGCAAAACGACAAACUUCCAAUUGUGGCUUUCACUUUAUCUCGCAACAGGUGUGACCAGAACGCGGAAAAUUUGAUGUCCGUCGAUUUGACGACGGCGAAAGAGAAAAGUCACAUUAAAUCAUUCUUUCAGAGGUGCUUGCAGCGAUUGAAGGAGCCUGACCGUAAAUUGCCGCAAGUCUUAAGACUACAAAGAGUUUUAGAAAAUGGUAUCGGCGUGCAUCACAGCGGUAUAUUGCCGUUGCUGAAGGAAAUCGUUGAAAUGUUAUUUCAGACCGGUUUCGUUAAAAUAUUGUUCGCGACUGAAACGUUCGCGAUGGGCGUGAACAUGCCGGCGAGGACGGUAGUCUUCGACGAGAUCACCAAGUUUGACGGCGUCGAGCGCAGGACCCUCGCUCCGGCUGAAUACAUACAAAUGGCGGGAAGGGCUGGACGGAGAGGUCUGGACGACACCGGCACAGUGAUAAUACUUUGCAAAGAAAGUGUUCCGGAUCUGGUGACGCUAAAAGGGAUGUUAUUGGGAACACCGCAGAAGCUCUCCUCCCAGUUCAGACUGACAUAUGCCAUGAUCCUAAGCUUAUUACGAGCGGCCACGGUUUCCGUCGAGGGCAUGAUGCAGCGCUCGUUUUGCGAGUUCAACCAGAUCUGUCAGGCGGACAACUACCGCAGGCAGCUCGAGGUCGCCGAGAAGGAGUACUCCGAGAAGUGCAGCGCCCCCCUCGCGUCGCACCUCGCCCCCCUCGCCGCCUUCUACGAGACCGCGGCCGCCUACCUCGACGUGCUCAACGAGAUAAUGCCCAUACUGCUGAACCAAUCGAAGGUGGCAAAGGAAUUGGACGCAGGGAAGAUACUGAUCGUCUCCGCCGGGCCGUAUAUCAAUCAGCUGGCCGUGUAUUUGAAUAGCACUGGUCCACGACAAACUCCGUAUAAGGUUUUAGUACUGAACACGCCGAUCCAAGACUCGUCGCGUUAUAACUUCGAAAUCGACGAAAAUUGGUACAGGAUGCUCAGUUUCUCUGCUACAUACGAUGCCAUAGGUACAGAGGAAAGCACGAUGGAUCAUAAAGUAUUGUGUAUCGCGCCAAGGAACAUAGUUGCGGUAACGAAAAUGAACCUAAAAAUCGACGUCACUCGCAUUAUACAAGACUGGGAACAGCGGCAGAUACCGCGGUUCAAGGACGCUCCGGUGGGGGCGAGCUGCGCCAGCACGGUGCAGGAGCUGUCCCGCAUGUCGCACGCCGCCCGCGCCGGCGCCGUCCAGCUCGAGCGCAUCAACCUCACGCACUCCCUCGCCAUCUCCACCGGCGAGAUACUGCAGGCACUAGACAAGCUUAAAGCACUAGCUACUGAACUCGAGGCCCACAAGAAAUUUACCGAUAUAGCGAACUUCAAGUCGGAAUUCGCUGUGGUAUACGAACGCAAACAAGCUGAGAGGAAGCGAGAUAAAUAUAAACGUCUACUGUCGUUCGAGAACUUGUCUCUCUACCCCGACUACCAACGGAGACUGCUAGUCCUCAGGGAGCUGAGCUACAUCGACGAACACGAUAGCGUUAUACUGAAAGGUCGCGUGGCGUGCGGAAUGGGAACAAACGAACUGAUCAUAUCGGAGCUGAUAUUCCGGAACGUGUUCGCCGACAAGACCCCGGCAGAAAUUGCCGCGCUGCUCAGCUGCUUCGUGUUCCAAGCCAGGACCCAGGUCACGAACCCGCUCACAGAGAAACUGACUGAAGGCGUCAAAGCCAUUGAGGAGAUCGACGCCGAAAUCGCUUCUAUAGAGGCUAAAUAUUUAGUAAGUCACUUCGAAGGGCAAGCAGAGAGGUUGAACUUUGGCCUUGUAAGGGUAGUGUAUGAAUGGGCUUUGGAGAAACCUUUCGCAGAGAUUAUGGACCUAACGGAUGUUCAAGAAGGAAUCAUUGUGAGAUGUAUACAGCAGUUGCAUGAGUUACUGGUAGACGUGAAAGACGCAUCCGUGGCGAUCGGUGAUCCGAAACUUCAGUCGAAAAUGAUGGAAGCGUCUACAUCUAUAAAGAGAGAUAUCGUGUUCGCUGCCAGUUUGUACACAACCCAGAAAGAAGCAUUGAAUACGUAAUAAAAACUAAUGAAUUUAAAUACCUUUUUUAAAUGCUUUUAAUUGUAAAACUCUAAAAUUGAAAUAGGAGAUCAGACAACAUGGCAUGAAACUAAAUAAAACCAUGCAGAAUAAUAUUUCAAGCCUGAUAGUCAUACGUGGGUACUCAAACGAAAAUUGGCUUAUUUAUGCAGUUUUCGUAAAUUAAAAUUCAUAUCACACAUUCAUUCACACAACUUUAUAUUGAUUUUUUUUAAUUGUUAUUGCUGUCCGAUCUCCUAUUGCGGAAUUGCAACUAUGAAAUGAGUAGAAAACCAAAAAAAUAAUGAUUACAAUAUUAGUCUCGGCUCAUCAAACACAGUUACACAGCAAAUUCAGUUGAGACUAUACCAUAAAAUAUUUAAAGAUAUAGGGAUGUUAAUUUCAAAUAGUAAAUGCUUUCAAAUGUAUAUAGCAAAUAAUCAGACCUUUAAAUACAAAACGUAUUUUGUACAACUUUAAUUUGUGAUUUUUAUAACCAUAAUCGACCAAGCUGCCGCUAUAUUUAAUUUUAUGUAGCGAUAAAUUAUUUUUUAUUUUUACAUUUGAAUAAUAAAACACAAAUAUGAA